UGGUCUGGUCUUUUUGACAGAAGUUUGCACGGAUUAUGAAUGAAUCUUCUUCAAUGUCGUCGUAAAAAUAGUUUUUUUAUAAUACAACAGUAUUAAAAUAAAUCAAACUAGUAUAAUAUAAUCCGUGUACAGUGAUACUUAAUCGUGCUGUGAGAAAAUGCAUGCAUACAGACAGUUGCUAUACAGUCCGGCACGGUGGAAAACAGCGCUGCCGACUAACAUCAAGACAACUGCAUUUGCUAUUAAAACCGAUCAGAGCCAUAACAACUUCCAAGAAUGCCGGCACUACUCAGCACGAAAAGGCUUCUUCUCCUCCAUCAUCGAAAACAUCAAAGAGGAUAUUGCCAAGAACAAGGAAAUGAAAGACAACAUCAAGAAGUUCAGAGAAGAAGCACAGAAGCUGGAGAACUCAGAGGCGCUGCAGGCGGCGCGGAAAAAGUUCCACGCGGUGGAGUCAGAGGCUUCCAAGAGUUCAGAUUUCUUGAAGGAAUCUCUUGGAGGGAUCAAGGAUAAGAUGGAGCAUGUUUUGGAGGAAGCCAGCAAGACUGAGAUUGCAAAAAAGGCUGGUAAAUUCACGGAAGACAUAUCAAAAACAGCCAAAGAUGCUGCAGAGAGCAUAGCAGACAGGAGUUCGAAGCUUGGUCAGACGUCGGCAUUCAGAACCAUAUCACAGGCGACCGAGGCGGUGCGCAGCGAGAUGGCGCCGCGCGGGCUGGAGGGCCGCGUGUACUGCGCGCCCCGGGCGCUGAGGAGGCGGCUCGAGAUCGCCGAGGACUUCCGCACGUUCGCACCCGACACAGAGACCGUAGGAGUGGAGCUCCACAAAGAUUCCAAAUUCUACCAGCAGUGGGAAGAAUUCAAGAACAACAACCAGUACGUUAACAAGGUCUUAGAUUGGAAAAUAAAAUACGAAGAAUCCGACAACCCAGUGGUCCGUGGAGCGCGCUUCGUCACCGAGAAGAUGGGCAGCCUGUUCGGGAACAUGUUCGAGAAGACGGAGCUCUCCAAGACCCUCACGGAGAUCUGCAAGGUGGACCCCAGCUUCACCGCGCAGAAGUUCAUCGAUGACUGCGCCAAUGACAUCAUCCCGAACAUACUCGAAGCCAUGGUCAGAGGUGAUCUAGAUAUACUCAAGGAUUGGUGCUACGAAGGAGUUUUUAAUAUUUUAGCGACACCCAUCAAACAGUGCAAGCAGCUCGGAUACAGACUCGACUCCAAAAUACUCGAUAUAGAGCAAAUUGAGCUUGUCAUGGGCAAAAUGAUGGACCAGGGGCCCGUUCUAGUCAUCACCUUCCAGUCCCAGCAGAUCAUGUGUGUCCGGGAUGGCAAAAACAAUGUUAUCGAAGGCGACCCCGAUAAGGUCAUGCGAGUCAACUAUGUCUGGGUCCUGUGUCGGGACCCUCAGGAGUUGAACCCGAAGGCCGCUUGGAGGCUCUUAGAGCUCUCCGCUAAUAGCGUAGAACAGUUGAUAUAGAAUAAGAUAUAGCUGCAUUAAAUCGUUGAACGAUCGACAUCUUUCAGUGCCCGUCCUAUCCUGAAUCCAUUGGAACUAAUGAAAUAUAACGCUAUUUAUUUUGAUAAAUAUAAGCAUAAAGAUUAGGAUCCAAGACUUGUGAUAUUUUAUAUACAAUGAAGUGACGUCUCUAUCGAAGUGAUAGACCAGUUUUUAUGAAAUUCGAAUGACUAGUUAGAGUUUUUUACACGGAAGUAAAAUAGUUUUUUGUUCGACCGCACCCCCUGUUACUUAGUUGUCAAUUUGUUAAUUAUUUUUACCCCGGCCUAAGCUAUCAAAGUAUUAAUUCGGCUACAAAGGUAAAAAUAACAUGAAAAUCAGUCAUAAAUAAACAUUACGAUUUUCAAGAAAUAAAAUCCUUGAAUACGGUUAAUUUUGCGUUUUAAAGCGAGGUACUAGGUCCGGCGAGUUUUGUUUAAUAAUUUAUGUUUAUUUUGUAAUUACCUUUAGUUUAUUUUUUAUGUUUAUUGUUAAUUUAAUAAAUUGUUUUAUUUUCAAUUGA